GCUCAUCUCAUCCCUCCGACCUUGCUUGGUCUUGCUCUCCAUUCCUCCAAUCCUUUGUGACUAAAGAGCAGCUUCCGACACCUCUUGUUUUUUUUUCUGAACAAAGCUCCGCCCAUUUAUAUCGCGAGACACGUCUCCUCAUUCGCAGAGAGAAAAAGGACAACAAGCCAUUUCGCUUUGGUCUUUUCCUACCCAUACUUAUUCGCGCACUUACCGCUAUUCCGUCAAAUCAGCAACGAAAUAGUAAACAGAAAGACGAAUUUAUCCUGUCCUCUGUUUAUCUACGAUCGCGUGAACUGUGUACAUCGUUGUUUUUUUCUUACCGUCGACAAGAUGACGCUCUAUUACACUCUUGUGUUUGUGCUGCUCAUGGCAGAGAUGGGCCUCUUUAUGCUGCUCAUUGUUCCUCUGCCCUUUACCAUUCGCCGGAGAAUGUUUACCUUCAUCUCGGAAAACCCACUCGUGGCUAAGGUCCAGUAUGCUAUGAAGAUCACCUUUAUCUUCAUCUUGAUCCUUUUUAUCGACAGUGUCAACCGCGUCUACCGCGUACAGCUUGAGCUGGUCGCUGCUUCCGAAAACAACAAGAAUGCUCCCACCAUUAUGGGCCACGAGCGUCUUGAGGUCCAGGCCCGCAAGUUCUACAGCCAAAGGAACAUGUACCUCUGCGGCUUCACGCUCUUCCUCUCCCUCAUCCUCAACCGCACGUACACGAUGAUUCUGGACGUGCUCCGCCUCGAGGAGAAGGUCAAGCAGUACGAGGGCACGGACAAAUCCCACUCGGCUGGUAAGCAGUCGGCCAAGCUUGCCGAGGCUGGUGACGCUGGAGAGAUCGCGCGUCUCAAGAAGGAGCUCGAGCGCAAGGAGAAGAACAUCCAGGCCCUUAAGACCCAGAGCGAGGGCCUGCACCGGGAGUACGAUUCCCUCGGAGAGAAGUUUACCGUCCAGGACGGCAGCAACAAGAAAGAGAGGUAGAUGAUAAAGGCCUGAAAGGUGGAGCCCGGGUCAGAUGAUCUCGGCUCGAGUCUGGCUGUGUGGUCGUCUAUGGCAGGCGGAUGACGUUAUUUCCGGCUACUAGGGGUACAAUUCGCUG